AUGCAGCUGGAACUGAUGCAGAAUGGCCCUGGGGUUGUCGUGUUUGACGUGUACGAUGACUUCUACUCCUACAAGAGCGGAGUCUACACCAAGUCUGCCAAGGCCCAGAAGGUCGGAGGGCAUGCCGUCGUCCUCGUCGGCUGGGGGCGGGAGAACGGGGUAGAUUACUGGCUGGUCCAGAACUCGUGGGGCAAGUCGUCGGGGGAUGAGGGGAUGUGGAAGGUCCGCAAGGGAAGCAACGAGUGCGGUAUUGAG